CCUGAAUCAACCGCUUAACAAUCAAGCAACUGAUUUCUUUUCGAUUUACAAAAAACUGCAAAAUUAUGGGGUAUGGCGGAGACCCCACCGACUGUGGGCAGCCUCGCCCGAUCCUGGCUGGCCUCCUGCCGGGAGUCCAGGCGCCUGGUCCUUGUCAUUGUAGCCAUCGCACUCCUCCUCGACAACAUGCUCCUCACCACCAUAGUACCCAUCAUCCCAGAGUUCAUCUAUGACAUCCAACAUCCGAACCAAAGCAGCCUGGCCUCCCACCUCGACGAGAACCCCAAGAUGGCUACCACCACCCUUGCCCCUUUCAAUAUAGACAACUCCACUGAUUACUUCUCUGAAAACACAACCGCUGUUCCGAACGAAGGUGAGAAACGGCACAAAGAUCUAGUGGAGGAGACAGUUGCUGUUGGGAUAAUGUUCGCCUCCAAGGCGUUCGUACAGCUUUUGGCCAAUCCUUUCGUUGGACCUCUCACACAUAAAAUCGGAUACAGCAUUCCAAUGUUGGCUGGUUUUAUCAUCAUGUUCUUCUCCACCAUAAUUUUCGCUUUCGGUCGAACCUACACCGUUCUCUUCUUAGCUCGAGCCCUGCAAGGCAUCGGUUCGUCUUGUUCGAGUGUAGCAGGUAUGGGGAUGCUGGCAGAGCGGUACCCAGACGACAAGGACAGAGGGAACGCUAUGGGUAUCGCCCUGGGGGGCCUGGCACUGGGCGUCCUCAUCGGCCCGCCCUUCGGUGGCUUCAUGUACGAGUUCGUCGGCAAGUCAGCUCCCUUCCUCAUUCUUUCAGCCCUAGCCCUCGUCGAUGGUUUGCUUCAACUGUUACUACUCCAGCCAGGGGUGGUAAAGCAAGAAACUGAAAGCCCGUCCUUGAAGGAACUCAUCACUGAUCCUUACAUUCUCAUCGCUGCAGGUGCUAUAACAUUCGCAAACACAGGAAUUGCCAUGUUAGAACCAUCCUUGCCUAUCUGGAUGAUGGACACGAUGGGCGCUGGAAGAUGGAAGCAAGGUGUCACAUUUUUGCCGGCCAGCAUUUCUUAUCUCAUUGGUACAAAUGUCUUCGGUCCUCUUGGGCACAAGAUGGGAAGAUGGUUGGCUACCCUUCUUGGCCUGAUCGUAAUUGGAAUAUGUUUGAUGUGUAUACCAUUGGCUCAUAAUAUUAACCACCUCAUCAUACCUAAUGCUGGUCUUGGAUUUGCAAUUGGAAUGGUGGACAGUUCAAUGAUGCCACAGCUUGGGUACCUUGUUGAUAUUCGUCACACGGCAGUGUAUGGGAGUGUAUAUGCUAUAGGAGACGUAGCAUUUUGUCUUGGAUAUGCUAUAGGUCCGGCAGUAAGUGGUACACUGGUGAAAACAAUUGGUUUCGAAUGGAUGUUGGUUUGUAUAGCACUUUUGAACUUCAUGUAUGCUCCUCUAUUAAUAUUAUUGAGAAAUCCACCGACAAAAGAAGAAAAAGAGGUGUUUAACAAUAUGACAGAAAUGUGAUCUUGAUUGGAUCAAAGCUGAAGGGUUAUAGUGUGGAGCCCAAUAAUAUUCAUGCUUAUCCUUUGCAGAAAACAUAUACAUUAUGAAUCAUGGAUUUUUAGUCAUGAAUUUUUAGAGGGCAGCACCAAAGCAGAGAAAUUUAAGUUUUUUUGUUUUUUUCUUUUAUUAGUAUUCAAUAUAGUUUACUGUUUUAUUUUUAAUUAUAUUAAAUUUGUUUUCAUUGUUUAUUUAUUUCAUACUCCUUUAUUUGUUUUAUUUUAUUUUUCAAACUAUAAUUUUUAUAGGAUUAUUAUUUACAUUAUCAUAUAACCAAAAUUUUUAUUAUUGAGGGAAAAAUAUAUAUAAAUAUUCAUCAUUACAUUUUUUUUUUUUUUUUUUCUUCCCUACCUCGCCUUUUAGGCUAUACGGGAUUUUCCCGGGCCGGGGGGUGAGGGCGGAGAAUUUAAAAUCCCCUCCGGCACCGGGAAGCGAACUCGUACUUUUUAUAUCAUCUCAAAUCUCUGUUAUCCGGUUGCCAGGAAACUAGCGGUGCUGUUACACACGCUUUAGCCUAUUCGGCCACCCCGCCCCCAUUCU